UUCAGUGUUUCAUACAUCAAAAUGGCAGCAAACUCCCGUGUCUUCGUUUAUGGUGGAAAAGGUGCCCUUGGUUCACAAUUGGUGAAUUUUUACAAAUCAAAGAACUGGUGGGUUUUAUCUGCAGAUUUGGCCCCCAACGAGCAAGCAGAUGCUAAUGUCAUCAUCAGUGAGCUGAAUGUCUGGACCCAGCAGUCGGAAGAAGUCUACUCUAAGGUGGAGGAGGCCCUCUCUGGUCAGAAGUUAGAUGCGAUCCUAUGUGUAGCAGGAGGAUGGGCUGGAGGAAAUGCAAAGUCCAAAGACCUGGUGAAGAAUGCUGACCUGAUGUUUAAACAGAGUUGCUGGACAUCGGUCAUCUCGGCUGGGGUUGCUUCCAGGCAUUUGAAGGAGGGUGGCCUACUUCAGCUGACCGGUGCAUUCCCUGCACUAGAAGGAACUGCAGGUAUGAUGGGUUAUGGUAUGGCCAAGGCAGCUGUUCAUCAACUCACCAAAGGUCUUGGUGCUGAUAACAGUGGAUUACCAGCCAACGCUACAGCUCUUGCCAUCCUGCCGGUUACCUUAGAUACACCGAUGAAUAGAAAGUUCAUGGCCAAUGCUGAUUUCUCCUCAUGGACUACAUUGGAAUAUGUAUCGGAAUUAUUGUACAAAUGGUCUCAAGGAGAGGAUCGUCCAGCUAGUGGGUCUCUGGUCCAACUUAUCACUAAAGAAGGAAACACAGAACUUGUCGUUUGUUAGAUAUCUUCCACAUGUAUACACCAGCUGGUUUAUGUACUCUUGGUCUAAAAACAUUUGGUCUAAUUUCCAGAAGGACAGUCUCCAUUCAGGCUAUACCCAUUUUGGUCCACAUUUCAUCUUGUCUUAAUGACACUUGGUCUAUAAUUGCCAGGUUUGAUGACUACUUGGGCUAAUUUUUUUCUUGGCCUACGUACCAUUUUGUCUACUAACUAAAGAAGGAAUUCACUCUAGGUAUAUUACAUUAUUAAAAUGAGGUUAACCACACUGGAUAUUAAUCAAACUUGUUUAAAGUCCAUGUGGAAAUUGGACAAUAUGGAAAUUAGAUGAAGUAAUUGUACGCAAAAGAAAACAAGACCAUGCUGAUUUUGACUAACUGUUAAUUAGAGCAAGUGUUAAUAGACCAAGCAAUUAUGUACCUACCGCCCCACCCCUUCCCAAUUACUACUAUCCAUUAUAUCUCAAUGAGCAUGAUGCCUUCUCUGUUAAUCAGUAUUCAUAAUCAGGAUGCCCAAGAAAUAUAUUGUAUCAGUGUGAAUUAUACAUGUAUGUAUGUAUGCGUGUUUGCUUACCGGUAUGUGUCAAAGAGUAAUAGCUGUAUGUAAGACAACAGUUGAAGUGGCCGAAUCCUUUCUUCCCCAUUUAAUGUCUCGUCUACAUGUAGUUAAAUGUAUUCAAUUAUUCUUGAAAAAAGAAAGAAAGGAAUCAGAUUUGUUACAUUAACAAAUUUGUACGUCAUCUUUCGUGUAUAUGUAGUAGGAGUAAUAUUUUUGUCGAAAGUGGGGUCAGAAAUCUGUGGGAUAAGUAGGCAGAGACUUGUCAUGAGGUUUGAUUUUAUGUUACAAGAUGGCUUGCAACUUUGUUUCAUAAAGUCAUUAAACAUUACAUAAACCUUUCCUGAUAGUAAUGUUAAGGUGUAUUUGGUAUAACAUGGUAUGUUGAAUGUUUUAUGUAUGUAGUGUAUAAUGUAAUCUUUUUGGCAUAUAUGUCCAAAGUCAUUUAAGACAAUCAAAUAAAGCUUUAAGACAAUGACCAUGUAUGCCCCCUGAAAAUAAUUAUCUGAAAACAUAAUUUUAUUUACAAGAUCAUAAAAGGAUGUUAAAAAGGUUGAUAAUAAGACCACAGUGUAGUUAGGUAAUCAUGACAUUUGCAUAAAAUGGCUCCAUUUACAAAUUUUAACGAUAAUUGCUCAAUAUACCAAGUUCAUUUUCAACAGAAUUAGAUUUACUAGGUUAUUGGAUCAGAACAUUAAUUUCUUCUCCAUUUAAGGUAGAGGUCUAAUUUAGGGUGUUGUGUAAACUUUCUAUAUACUUUCUCUUGUCAAAGGCCUACUCUAUGGAUGAUUUCAUAGAUUAAAAAAGUUAUUUACUUUAUUAUUGAAAAGGGAAUAAGUACAGAUCUUGUUAACAAGAUUUCAGAGGUGACUAAGUCAUGUGCUCAGCUUGCCCCAUCAGUAUUUGUUUUUUAAGUUUCUCCUAAACAUUCCAUAACAUUUUUUUAUAGUACCUAUUUGUUUGAAAUAGUUGAAUAUGUAUUCACAUUCGCCUGAAAAAGUGCUUUCAUCUACUUUUGUGCUAAAUACAUAUUGAUCCAAAUAUUUUUAUAUUCUUUAUCAUGGUCUGUUUUGCAUUAGCUGAAUUAAUUAAUGAAACCAAUUUUGAAAAAAAUAAUAUGUCUAGUUAUAUCCUGGAUUACUUAUUUAUGUGGAAUAGUCUUAUGAAAAAAGAUGGGGGGAUACAACCACAUUCAGAAUUACGUUUGCACGGGAAGUGAUAUGUAACAUCACACCAUUUUAAUUGACAAUAUAACUAAUUUCCCCAAGCAACCAGCAAUGAGUGUAUUGCUAUAAUCUACACUGGUGGCUUUGACCUUGAGAUGAACCUAGCCCAACAGAUCAUCCUUUAUGAUACUUUUAGUGAUCUGACUGAAUAUUUAAAUCAUGCCAAUUUUAAGUGAAUUUUCCAUUGAAUUUCUGACUUAUUGUAUCAGCUUCCUGUUUUCUUAUCAUAUCUUUGCUUUUAUUAAUUAUCUUCAGAAAUCAAUUGUAUUCAUUUUUAUUAUAGUAUAUCAUAUGUUAAUUUGUGUAUCUGAUUUUUUUAUAA